UUGAAGAAUCGUCAAGAGCAGGAGAACUCAGUUUCCCCUUGCUUUUGAGGAACAAUAAAAAAAAUAUAAUAUCUAUUUAAUUUAUUUUUUUGGUUAGGAAAAGGGUUAAUUAAUUAAUUAAAAAAAUUUAUAAAAAGGGCGGAUGGAGGGGAAGAUAAUGUUGGCGGCGGUGCUGUGUCUGGCGGCGGUGGCGGCGGUGAAGGCGGGAGAUCCGUACUUUUAUUACACGUGGAACGUAUCGUACGGAACAGCAUCUCCGCUGGGAGUGCCACAACAGGUGAUUCUGAUAAACGGUCAGUUCCCAGGUCCCAACAUCAACUCCACUUCCAACAACAACAUCGUCAUCAAUGUCUUCAACAACCUCGACGAGCCCUUCCUCCUCCACUGGAGCGGGAUCCAGCACAGGAAGAACUGCUGGCAAGACGGGCUGCCCGCAACGACAUGCCCCAUCAUGCCCGGGCAGAACUUCACAUACCACUUCCAGCCCAAGGAUCAGAUCGGAAGCUACUUCUACUACCCUUCCACCUCCCUCCACCGUUUCUCCGGUGGAUUCGGCGGCCUCCGUGUCAACAGCCGUCUUCUCAUCCCCGUCCCUUACCCCGACCCCGAGGAUGACUACACCGUCCUCAUCUCCGACUGGUACACCAAAUCCCACACCUCCCUCAAGAACCUCCUCGACAGCGGCCGUGCCCUCGGGUCCCCCGACGGCGUCCUCAUCAACGGAAAAUCUGCCAAGAUGGAUGGGAAGGAUCAGCCUUUGUUCACGAUGAAACUCGGGAAGACCUACAAGUACAGGAUCUGCAAUGUCGGGUUCAAGUCCACUCUCAAUUUCAGGAUCCAGAACCAUAAGAUGAAGCUCGUAGAGAUGGAAGGCUCUCACGUUCUCCAGAACGACUACGACUCCCUCGACGUCCAUGUCGGGCAGUGUUUUGCCGUUCUCGUGACUGCCGACCAGACCGCUACUGAUUAUUACAUGGUCGCUUCCUCACGGUUUCUCAAGAAGCAGUUGAGUGGCACCGGUCUGAUCCGGUACGAAGGGGGACAAGGCCAGGCUUCUCCUGUUCUUCCCAAGGCACCGGUCGGAUGGGCAUGGUCACUGAACCAGUUCAGGUCCUUCAGGUGGAACCUGACCGCCAGUGCAGCCAGGCCAAACCCUCAGGGCUCGUACCAUUACGGGAAGAUCAACAUCACCCGAACCAUCAAGCUCGUCAACUCCCAGAAGGUUGUGGAUAGAAAGCUUAGGUUUGGAUUCAACGGUGUCUCCCACAUCGAUACCGAGACUCCAUUGAAGCUUGCUGAGUACUUCCAGAUGGCCGAGAAGGUCUUCAAGUACAACGUCAUCAAGGAUGAGCCUGCAGGCAAGAUCACGGGAUUGACCGUCGAGCCGAAUGUCCUCAACAUUACCUUCCGUACAUUCGUUGAGGUCAUCUUCGAGAACCACGAGAAGAGCAUGCAGUCAUACCACUUAGACGGUUACUCCUUCUUCGCCGUAGCAACUGAGCCAGGGAGGUGGUCACCUGCAAAGAGAGAGAACUACAACUUGCUCGAUGCAGUGAGCAGGCACACAGUGCAGGUUUACCCGAACUCGUGGUCGGCAAUCCUACUAACAUUCGACAAUGCGGGAAUGUGGAACAUAAGGUCGGAGAACUGGGAGAGGAGGUACCUGGGUCAGCAGCUUUACGUUAGUGUUCUCUCCCCCGAAAAGUCGCUAAGGGAUGAAUACAACAUCCCCCUCAAUGCCGGCCUCUGCGGUAUCGUCAAGGACUUGCCCAAGCCCUCAAUUUACAGCUAAAUAAACUCACCCAACUCAACAAAACUCUCCCAACGAGCUUUUACUACAAGUGGGCUCUUCCACAAGUGGGGGUUAUCAUGAGUGUACUACUAUAAUUAACCCUUUCCUAAUUGAAGUGUUUUUUUCCCUAUAUCAACACUUUGUUCUUACUGUCUGGAAUCUGCAAGUUCCUACUCUUUUUUUCAA